AUGGCGAACGUACGAUCAAGUCAGGCCCGUCUCAUCCCUUGGUCGGCUGUCCUGGCGUUGUUCUGUAUUGUUGUAACUUUGGCAUCGCCAGACGAGGUGUUUGUUCCAGAUCUUAGCUUCACAAGCCAAAGUGAAUUCAAAACUGUGAUGUCAAACGAGGAUUUGGACGCAGCAAGGAAGCAGGAGAUCAAGUCGCAGCUGGAGCCUCAGCUGGCAGACCUGUUUAAAAACAUCACAGGGUUUAGAGGAGUUGAGGUCACAGUGAUUACUAUCAA